CCAAUCCUCAUUGUGGCUAGCUUCACAUAGGUGUCUCUCUCACACCGCAGUUGCUUUUGGUGUUGCUACUCGCUGUCAUUUCCAUUAAGACAGAGGGCAACGCGGCAGAACAGAGGUUAGGAAACAAACACCGCUGACAAGUGAAAACCACAGGCUCUCUGGAGAAAGUUUUCCUGUGGAUCAUUUGACUGCAGUUUGGUUGAAGUGAAAGGAGUGUCCAUCCCACUCUGUGAUUGUUUGGAGAGACAGGCGAGUUGUGUGCUAAAGGACUGCGAUGCACCGCUUAAGGACUUGUGCUGCCCGGCUGCGGCCGCUGACAGCCUCUCAGACUGCUCAGAACUUUUCACAGCAGAGGCGUGCGGCCGUACCAAGGACUUUUCAGCCAUUUAGGUGCUACACCGCACCUGUGGCUGCCGAGCCUUUCCUCAAUGGAACAAGCUCCAAUUAUGUGGAGGAGAUGUACUAUUCAUGGCUAGAGGACCCCAAGAGUGUUCAUAAGUCUUGGGACGUUUUCUUCCGCAAUGCCAAUGCAGGUGCUCCCCCAGGCAUGGCCCACCAGAGCCCUCUGAGCCUGGCCGGUCUCCCUCAAGCCCAGUCUUUGGCGGGGGCUCAGCCCAAUGUGGAGAAGCUGGUGGAGGAUCACCUGGCUGUCCAAUCCCUCAUUCGUGCCUACCAGAUCCGUGGGCACCAUGUUGCUCAGCUGGACCCGCUGGGGAUUAUGGAUGCCGAUCUGGACUCUCACGUCCCCAAUGACAUUAUAACGUCCUCGGAUAAACUCGAUCUGGCAAUGUUCAAGGACCGUCUCAGUAUUCUAACUGUCGGAGGGUUCUAUGGACUGGACGAGUCGGACUUGGACAAAGUGUUCCGCCUGCCUACCACCACCUUUAUCGGGGGCACUGAGACCGCCUUGCCCCUGAGGGAGAUAAUCCGCCGCCUGGAGAUGGCCUACUGCCAGCACAUCGGGGUUGAGUUCAUGUUCAUCAAUGACCUAGACCAGUGCCAGUGGAUCCGGGAAAAGUUUGAGAAGCCCGGCGUCAUGCAGUUCACCCUGGAGGAGAAGAGGACCCUGCUGGCCCGUAUGGUUCGCUCCACCAGGUUCGAGGAGUUCCUCCAGAGGAAGUGGUCGUCAGAGAAGCGCUUCGGCCUGGAGGGCUGCGAGUCUCUGAUCCCCGCCCUCAAGACCAUCAUUGACAAGUCCAGCGAGAAGGGUGUGGAGAACGUCGUCAUGGGCAUGCCACACAGGGGUCGUCUGAACGUGCUGGCCAACGUCAUCCGCAAGGAGCUGGAGCAGAUCUUCUGCCAGUUUGACUCCAAACUGGAGGCUGCUGAUGAGGGCUCUGGUGACGUCAAGUACCACCUGGGGAUGUACCACAGGAGGAUCAACCGUGUGACGGACCGCAACAUCACUCUGUCCCUCAUGGCCAACCCCUCCCACCUGGAGGCUGUGGACCCCGUGGUGCAGGGCAAGACCAAGGCCGAGCAGUUCUACUGCGGAGACACCGAGGGACACAAGGUGAUGUCCAUCCUGAUGCACGGUGACGCUGCCUUCGCCGGUCAGGGCGUCGUGUACGAGACCUUCCAUCUCAGCGACCUGCCGUCCUACUCCACCCACGGCACAGUGCACGUGGUCGUCAACAACCAGAUUGGCUUCACCACUGACCCCCGUAUGGCGCGCUCCUCUCCGUACCCCACUGAUGUGGCCCGGGUGGUCAAUGCUCCCAUCUUCCACGUGAAUGCUGACGACCCUGAGGCUGUGGUGUACGUGUGCAACGUGGCCGCCGAGUGGAGAGCCACCUUCCACAAGGACGUGGUGGUGGACCUGGUGUGCUACCGGCGGUUGGGACACAACGAGAUGGACGAGCCCAUGUUCACCCAGCCCCUGAUGUACAAGCAGAUCAAGAAGCAGAAGGGAGUGAUGCAGAAGUAUGGCGAGAAACUCAUCGCAGAGGGGGUUGUCACGAGACAGGAGUACGAGGAGGAGAUUGCAAAGUAUGAUAAGAUCUGUGAGGAGGCACAUGUUCGCUCCAAGGAUGAGAAGAUCCUCCACAUCAAACACUGGCUGGACUCUCCCUGGCCUGGUUUUUUCAACCUGGAUGGCCAGCCCAAGAGCCUGACCUGCCCGUCCACUGGCCUGACUGAGGAGGAGCUGACCCACAUCGGACAGGUGGCCUCCUCAGUGCCAGUCGAAGACUUCACCAUCCAUGGAGGUCUGAGCCGUAUCCUGAAGGCCCGAGGGGAGAUGAUCAAGAACCGCACGGUGGACUGGGCCCUGGGAGAAUACAUGGCCUUUGGCUCUCUGCUCAAAGAGGGCAUCCACGUUCGCCUCAGCGGCCAGGACGUGGAGAGGGGCACCUUCAGUCACCGACACCAUGUGCUGCACGACCAGAACGUGGACAAGAGAGUUUGCAUCCCCAUGAACCACGUGGCCCCCAACCAGGCCCCCUACACCGUCUGCAACAGCUCCCUGUCUGAGUACGGCGUGCUGGGUUUCGAGCUGGGCUUUGCCAUGGCCAGUCCCAAUGCCCUGGUCCUGUGGGAGGCCCAGUUCGGAGACUUCCACAACACAGCCCAGUGCAUCAUCGACCAGUUCAUUUGCCCCGGCCAGGCCAAGUGGGUCCGCCAGAAUGGCAUAGUCCUGCUGCUGCCCCACGGCAUGGAGGGCAUGGGCCCAGAACACUCCUCUGCUCGUCCAGAGAGAUUUCUCCAGAUGUGCAACGAUGAUCCUGAUGUGCUCCCAAGCAUCACAGAAGACUUUGCCAUUCGCCAGCUCCACGACUGCAACUGGAUUGUGGUCAACUGUUCAAACCCUGGCAACUUCUUCCACGUGCUGAGGAGGCAGAUUCUGGCGCCUUUCAGGAAGCCUCUCAUCGUUUUCACCCCCAAAUCCCUGCUGCGCCACCCCGAGGCGAGGUCCAACUUUGACGAGAUGCUGCCAGGCACAGACUUCCAGCGCCUGAUCCCAGAUAAUGGCCCAGUGGCCCAGAACCCAGCCGGGGUGAAGCGCAUCGUCUUCUGCACAGGGAAGGUGUACUACGAACUCACCAAGGAACGCAAGGCCCAUGGCAUGGAGGACACGGUCGCCAUUGCUCGCAUGGAGCAGCUGUCCCCCUUCCCCUUCGACCUGGUGAAGGCUGAGAGCGAGAAGUACCCCAAUGCCGACCUGGUGUGGUGCCAAGAGGAGCAUAAGAACCAGGGCUACUACGACUACGUCAAACCCCGCAUGCGCACCACCAUCGAUCGCGCCAAGCCUGUCUGGUAUGCUGGUCGCCCUCCUGCUGCGGCCCCAGCCACAGGAAACAAGAAGGCCCACCUGGUGGAGCUGAAGAAUUUCCUGGACACUGCCUUCGAUCUGGAUGCCUUCAAGGACCAGAUGUAACUAUUUCUUCCGGCUUCCUCUGUCCCAGGAUAAGGGGUAGCCUUCACCCUCCACUGCAACCGAGGCCCCUCCUCCGUCCCAUACGCCCACAUACCCCCUGGACUUGGCCCUCAGAGCAAGCCUACUCUCCUGGUGGGUGUCUCUGUCUCUAGCCCACAACGGCAACAGUCUUGUUCAUUUAAGUCAUUGCUAUCUUCCCCUACCCAGGCCCUCCCUCAUCGACUCCCCCUGGUCCUGUCUCAGCGUGCCCUAGCCCACCUUCAUCAGACACAUGCCUCAAGACCACACAUUUAGCAGUAGACAGCCAGUCAGGGGUUAGGCAAGAGAACCUUUGUACAGUCAGUGAUCCUUAGCUUGGUUUUUAUUUUCUAUACCUGUAUUUCUCUGGUUAACACUCCACUCACCAACACUAUAACCUUCUUGUGUUGGGUUUUGCUUAAGCCCUGUGUGUGUGUGUGUGUGUGUGUGUGUGUGUGUGUGUGUGUGUGUGUGUGUGUGUGUGUGUGUGUGUGUGUGUGUGACCAAAGCACAUUGUUUAUAAAGCUUUAUAUAUUUUUCCGUGUGUUUCAUUCUGUUGCUGUCACAAUGUCAUCCUUUUGAAAAGCGUCUCCUUACACGUUUCAUCCCAGGUCUCCUUUCAUAGCCAAAGGACAGGGCAACUGUUGCAACCAGUUUAAAAUAUGUACCACUAGUAUUUGGCAAAACACACAACGGUUAGUUCAAUGGCCAUGAUUAGACCACAUAAUUUCGAGGAGAACCAGGUGUUUCCCCCCUCCUGUUCUCUGCUCUGAGCACACUGCAGGGAUGAACUUGUCUUGGUCUCUACCCCUCCCUCUCUCUUCUCCAGGGCUAUCCAUCUCCUUGGUGAGUGCUACUGACAUCACCACCAUCUGCAACUGCUUUACAUUUGUCUGUUUAUUGGAUGUAUGUGUGUUAGUUGAUUUGAAAGGCAAAAAAAACUUUCUCAUUCUUGUAAUGGCUAUUAGAAUAAGAGGUAUUGAAUGCGGAAAACAUUUUCACUGUCACAUUGUGUUCAGUGAAAUACUAGUACAUUUAACAUGACAAAUGCUCUUUUAUCCAUCUUGCACCAUUUCUCGCGAAAGAGGCUGAGACUUAGAUAAGGGAAAUUUGAGUGAUGAACCAGUGAGAUGAGUUGGUACCAUGUUUGCAUUUAUAUAUAAGGAGUGUUGAACUGGUCAAAUGAGUUGGUACCAUGUUUGCACUUGUAUAUAAAUUCACAUAGGAGAAGUUUGUAAAGGAUUGUUCAUACAGCAAUGUCAGGGCAACUUCUGUCUUUAGAUACAUGGCCCCUAGCUCUGUUGUCCUACUGCAGAACAGGGCAAGCAGGUUGGAGCUGAUUUCCCCCCCCCCCCCUCCUACAUGUAGUCCUCUCAUGACUCUAGCUAAACACUGAUCUCAUCCAGAUGACAUAAACUAGACCUGGCACCUCUAGAUGUCUCUCAACAACUCAUGUACUAAUUUUCCUCUUGCAACCCCUGUGCCAAAUUUGUUUUCAAGCAUUUAGCAUUCUUUUCAGGGUGUAUGAAUGAAUUGCCACAAGAGUCUUUUUAGCUGCAUAGCUAAUAAAAAAAACAGGACAUCACCUUUUGUUUGGAUGGCUCCACGAGAAAGCAAAUGAUUUAUUUAUUUUCAUAUAGUGGAUUAAGAUUCUUUCCAUUUUAUUAUUUUUGCUUCAUUCAAUAAAGACUAUCUUCCCAAAUCA